UCAUCCCCUACAGCAAGGGAGAAAAUGUCCAGAAUCAUUGACUAACAAAGUUUGAAAAUCACAGAGAAAAAAUGGGAAGGAGUCCUUGUUGUUCAAAGGAAGGUCUAAAUAGAGGAGCUUGGACUGCUGUUGAAGACAAAACUCUUACAGAUUACAUUAAAGAACAUGGUGAAGGGCUUUGGAGAAAUCUCCCUAAAAGAGCUGGUCUGCAAAGGUGUGGGAAAAGUUGCAGGCUUCGGUGGAUGAACUAUUUGAGACCAGAUAUCAAAAGAGGUAACAUAUCAGUUGAUGAAGAAGAACUCAUCAUCAAACUCCACAAACUUCUGGGAAACAGAUGGUCUUUGAUAGCUGGGAGGCUUCCAGGACGAACAGACAAUGAAAUAAAGAAUUAUUGGAACGCAAACUUAAGUAAAAAAGUCGACGACCGCCGCCAAAAGACGGCUUCCGGAGCUUCGAAACAGGCCACUGGUGCAGGUGCUAGUGGUGGUGACGCUAAUGGUAAUGGUUCUUUUUCAACAAACGUGGUACGAACAAGGGCAACAAGGUGCUCCAAGGUUUUCAUAAACCCUGACACUUCGAGUGUUUCGAAGAACCAAACAUCGUCGGAACCUAAACAGGUUAAUGGGCUGUCGCCGGUGAUGUCUGAAUCCGACAACGAAGGGACCGAUUCCGUUUCGUCGGAUUUUACGCUUGACUUCAACAUGGGAGAGGAAGAGUUUUGUUUAUCGGAUCUUUUGAAUUCAGAUUUCUGUGAUGUGGACGAGCUUGAUUACGGCAAUGCUUCUUGUUCGUCAUCUUCAUCUUAUCAGACUCUCGGUUUCUCUGGCGAUAUGCUGAAAUGUGGGUUUGAACUUUGAAUCCCCGGUCGCCGGCUUCAUUUCUUGAAGAUGGAAUGAAAAUUGACUGCAAAGUAAAGAUUGAAUCAUCUAUGAAUAAUUCUCUAAAGACGUUUUCCGAUCA